GUGUUAGAAGUAAUAUUGCGAACAUUACCAAUAAAACGAGAUUUUGAAGAAAAUGAGCCUGUUUUUAAAUGUAUAUCCAUACUUUUCCGAACAAAUAAUUCUUUUGUUUUCAAUCACAUUCACGAGUUUUUUAAUAUAUUUGCAAAAGUCCUUUCCCCACCUGAAGAUCAACUUAAGGAUCACACACGUCAAGAGUUAAUAGAACUUAUUCAAGCACUUAAUCAACAAUUUCCUGAUGCAGUUCUUAGGUCAUCAUUAGGUGAAUUAAUACAAUUUUAA